AUGGUGCAGCAAGUCGAGAAGGCGACGAUAUCACAGGCGGCCAAAAAUGCGACUCUAAAUGACAGCGCUCUGAACCAGGCUGCCAUCGAGGGCUCUGCCGAUGACCACGAACUCACCGUUCGCGAUGCCAUCAGGGCCUACCCUCAGGCUAUUGGCUGGGCUCUUGUAUCGGCGACUUGUGUCAUCAUGGAGGGCUACGACACCAACCUCUUGUCCAACUUCUUUGCCUACCCCUCGUUCCUCAUCAGAUAUGGCAAUUUUGUCGGAGUUACGCCAGAGACACCAACGGGAUAUCAGUUGACGCCUGCAUGGCAAGCUGGCCUGUCCCAGGGUGGCAGUGUGGGCUCCAUCCUAGGAUGUCUCCUAAGCGGUUACCUUGUGUCCAAGUACGGCUCUCGUCGCGUCCAACUCGGUGCUCUCGUCGCCCUGAUGGCCUUCAUCUUUAUCGUCUUCUUCUCCCCCAACCUGCCCGUCUUGGUUGUCGGCGAGAUCCUCUGCGGCCUGCCAUGGGGCAUCCUCGCCACGACGUCGCCCGCCUAUGCUUCUGAGGUGCUUCCGACAGCACUCAGGACGUACAUGACCUCCUACACCAACAUGUGUUUCAUUCUGGGCCAACUCAUCUCGGCUGGAGUCCUCAAGGGCCUGUCGACGCGCGAGGACUCAUGGGGCUACAAGAUCCCCUUUGCGCUGCAGUGGGUGUGGCCGGUGAUUCUCAUCCCGCUGAUUUACAUCUCCCCCGAGUCGCCGUGGUAUCUCGUCCGCAUGGGAAAGCUCGACGAGGCGGAGGCGUCGCUCAGGAGGCUUCAGUCCUCCAAGGCCACCAAUGUUGAUCCUCGAAAGACGCUGUCCAUGAUUGUCUAUACCAACAACCUGGAGCAGCGGCUGUCUGUCGGCACCAGCUACUGGGAUUGCUUCAAGGGCACCGAACUUCGCCGCACAGAAAUCGCAUGUGUUGUAUUUGCGGGCCAGAUUCUCUGCGGUAUUUGCUUUGCAUACAACAGCUCCUACUUCUUCUCUCAGAUGGGCCUAGGCACGAGCACCACCUACUCGCUCGCUCUCGGCGGUACUGGUCUGGCCUUUGUUGGCUGCCUCGUCAACUGGUUCGUCCUGAUGCCCAACUUUGGACGCAGAACCAUCUACAUCUGGGGUAUGGGCGGCAUGUGCUUUGUGCUCAUGCUGAUCGGUGUCCUGAAUGUCUGGACCUCAGUCCGUGGCGUUGCCAUGUCUCAGGCUUGUCUCACUAUGCUCUGGACCUUUAUCUUCCAGCUCUCUGCAGGCCAGCUUGGCUGGGCUCUACCCGCUGAGAUGGGCUCCACGCGACUCCGACAAAAGACAAUCUGCCUGGCUCGUGACUCGUCCAACAUCAUGGGCACCAUCGGCGGCACUCUCCAGCAGUACUUCAUGAACCCCCAGGCUUGGAAUCUCAAGGGUUACACAGGAUUCUUCUGGGGAGCAACUUGCUUCGGAGUCUUUGUCUGGAGCUACUUCCGUCUGCCAGAAACCUGGAACAGGUCGUACCAUGAGCUUGACGUGCUGUUUGCCAACAAGGUUUCGGCCAGGAAGUUUGCGAGCACUGUUGUUGAUCCCUUCGAUCAGAACGUUCUCUCCGGAAUUACCAAGCAGGAUACCGAUGCUGGGGAUAAGGUAUAA